CGCUGCUGCCCAGAACCUAGUAAGAGGAUUCCCUCCUGGAGUGGCCGUCCCAUCUGGAUGGAAAAGAUGGUGCUUUGCAGAGUGAAGGUCCCGCAUACCUUUGCUGUUCACUCUUACACUCGUCCAACCAUAUGCCAGUAUUGCAAACGGCUGCUCAAAGGCCUUUUCCGCCAAGGAAUGCAGUGUAAAGAUUGCAGAUUCAACUGUCACAAACGCUGUGCAUCUAAAGUGCCUAAAGACUGUCUUGGAGAGGUGAUUUUUAAUGGAGAACCUGCUAGUGCAGGGCAGGACUUGGACAUGCCAAUGGAAGUUGAUAGCAGUGAAUUGAAUAGUGAUGGUAGUCGAAGUCUGGAUGAUGCUGAAGAGCCCUCUCCUCCAGAGGACAAGAUCUUCUUUAUGGAUCCGUCUGACCUUGAUGCAGACAAAGAUGAAGAAGCUGUCAAAACCAUCAGUCCUUCAACAAGCAAUAAUAUUCCACUCAUGAGAGUUGUACAAUCGAUCAAGCACACAAAGAGGAAGAGCAGUACAAUGGUGAAGGAAGGAUGGAUGGUCCACUACACUAGUAGAGACAAUCUGAGAAAAAGACAUUACUGGAGACUGGACAGCAAAUGCCUCACACUGUUUCAAAAUGAAUCGGGAACAAAAUAUUACAAGGAGAUUCCACUUUCAGAAAUUCUCCAGGUGACUCAGCCUCGAGAUUUUUCAAACGUGGUGCAGGGCAGCAACCCGUACUGUUUUGAGAUCAUCACUGACACCAUGGUGUACUUUGUUGGCGAAAACAAUGGCAGCAGUCAUCACAGUCCUGUUCUUGCUGCCACCGGAGUUGGACUUGACGUAGCUCAGGGCUGGGAGAAAGCCAUUCGUCAGGCUUUGAUGCCAGUCACUCCUCAAGCUAGCGUUUGCACUGCUGCAGGACAAGGAAAAGAUCACAAAGAGUUAUCUUUAAGCAUCUCUGUUUCAAAUUGCCAGGUCCAAGAGAAUGUGGAUAUCAGCUCUGUGUACCAAAUAUUUGCUGAUGAAGUGCUGGGAUCUGGUCAGUUUGGUAUUGUAUAUGGAGGAAAACAUAGGAAGACUGGAAGAGAUGUGGCUAUCAAAGUCAUCGACAAGAUGAGGUUUCCAACUAAACAGGAAAGUCAGCUUCGUAAUGAAGUAGCCAUUCUCCAGAAUUUGCACCACCCUGGGAUUGUGAACCUGGAAUGUAUGUUUGAAACGCCAGAACGGGUCUUUGUUGUGAUGGAAAAGCUGCAUGGGGAUAUGCUAGAGAUGAUUCUUUCCAGUGAGAAAAGUCGACUUCCAGAGCGAAUAACUAAGUUCAUGGUGACUCAGAUACUUGUUGCUUUGAGGAAUUUACACUUCAAGAAUAUUGUGCACUGUGAUUUAAAACCAGAAAAUGUACUACUAGCUUCUGCAGAGCCGUUCCCUCAAGUGAAGCUGUGUGAUUUUGGCUUUGCACGUAUCAUUGGUGAAAAAUCUUUCAGGCGCUCUGUGGUGGGGACACCUGCUUAUCUUGCCCCUGAAGUGCUCAGGAGUAAAGGUUACAACCGCUCUCUAGACAUGUGGUCGGUAGGAGUUAUUGUCUAUGUGAGCCUUAGUGGUACAUUCCCAUUCAAUGAAGAUGAGGAUAUCAAUGAUCAGAUUCAAAAUGCAGCAUUUAUGUACCCACCAAAUCCUUGGAAGGAAAUUUCUAGUGAAGCCAUUGAUCUGAUAAACAAUUUGCUUCAAGUGAAGAUGAGAAAACGUUUCAGUGUUGACAAAUCCCUCAGUCAUCCGUGGUUACAGGAUUAUCAGACUUGGCUUGACCUCAGAGAAUUUGAAACACGCAUUGGAGAGCGUUACAUCACCCACGAGAGUGAUGAUGCACGCUGGAAAGAACAUGCUUAUGAACACAACCUUGAGUACCCCCAGCAUUUUAUUAUGGCUCCCAACCCAGAUGAUAUGGAAGAAGACCCUUGAUCUAUUCAUAAUGCUAAAUUGCAGCAAGGAAAGAUACUCCAGACAGAAACUGAAGAUACGAUUUGGCACAACUGUUGCUCUUUCUGAAUGCUGUACACUGUUUGGUGUGCAAAGCC